CACGCCUCAGCAACUGAAUCUCCUGUCUCACCUCACUCGUUGCAAUGGGCAAGCCAAACAAGACGAAGCACUCCAACUCGUCCGCAAAGCACGGCGGACUAGGCUCCGGAGGCAGAGGUAUGGGUGGAGGCGCUCGGGGUGGGAAAGGCCGGAAUCGCGGGCCCAGGGUCAUGGGCGCCGGCUCAGAGGUCUUUACGGAAGGGUGGAGACCAGCGUCAGCCAUCGACGAUGUCAAGGUCGAAGAGGAUGAAGACGAAGAGGAGUCCAGCGAAGAUGGCGAGGACAGUGACAGAGACGACCGCGGAGAAGGACCGUCGUCUUCGCGGGGGCCCGAGUCUCUUCCCCAGGAGGGGAGCGCUGAGGAAGAGGAGGAAGGGUCUGGGGACGAGGAAAGCCAGGACGAAGACGGAAGAGAGGAUCAUCAUAGGGGCUAUGGUCUGUCCGGAGAGAAAGGGUCCGAAGGUAUACCGAUGCCACUGGCGAUGUGGGAUUUCAAUCACUGCGAUCCCAAGCGCUGCAGUGGAAAGAAGCUUGCUCGAUUGGGCUUCGUCAAGGAGCUCAAGGUUGGGCAGCGCUUCGGAGGCAUUGUGUUAACGCCUAAUGCCACUCAAGUGCUGGCUCCAGCUGACGCUCCCAUUCUGAAGGAGCGUGGACUGGCUGUAGUAGAGUGCUCUUGGGCGCGGCUAGAUGAGAUACCUUUCAAGCGGAUCAAGUCUGCACACGAACGGCUCCUGCCAGAGCUCGUUGCAACUAAUCCAGUCAACUACGGAAAGGUAUCAAAGCUCAACUGCGUCGAGGCGCUAGCUGCUGCGCUCUACGUCUGCUCGAUGCCAAAGCUGGGCGAGAUCCUGCUCUCCAAAUUUGGCUGGGGUCAUGCUUUCCCCAGCGUGAAUGCAGAGAUCAUUGAGAAGUACGUUCACUGCAAGGAUGAAAAAGAGAUCAAGGCGGUAGCUCAACAGAUGGCGACGGAGAACGACAAGGCGAGGCGGGAACGUGGCACUCGAGACGUCCUGCAGGAGAUGGAAGGCAGUGGAGACGAAAAGGACGUCGAGGAAGGCGUGACAAACACCGCAGAUGAUCAGGAUGACUUGGCUACCGUAUUCGAGAGGGAUGUGGCGGUAUCUUAAUCACUCUGCUGCAGGACCGGCGAUAUCAUCUGUCAUUGCCGAACGCCUCGCAGCUGCCACAUCGUACCAUCAGGCGUGACCCCCGCGACCCUGCCGGCCGCGCCGCAACGGCAUGAAUGGGUACAGCCUGCUUGAUGCGCCAAGGGCUGCAGGAGGAUCUAAUCGCACUCCCUCUAAGCGACGACAUGCAGCGGCUGCUCCGCCGAUGGCAAGAUGAGAAGCGCACGCAUAGGCGAGGAGUAGCAUAGUGUGUCCAUUGGACUAGAGACGCGGGUUCCGCCACGAAGAGAAGCAUUGGCUGCAUAAGAGGUCCGUUGCGGAGAGUGGGCAGACGCCGACGCGUUAUAUUUUGAUCCUGUCAUAGGUUUGUCUCGCCUAAAUUGGGAAACAGAGCUCUUUGGAUAA